CUUCAGUUCUGUCAACCUCGCCUGUGCGUCAUAAGGGAACGUCAGAAUUAUAAUUAACAUAUCAUGCAAAUGAGUUGGUCACGCAUCGUCCGAUGAGGUCAGUUGUUUGGUGCGCAGGCGCAGGCGCAGGCGCAGGCGGGCCGAGAGCCGGCACCGUGUUGAUCGCGGCCGCGGUAGACGGCGGUGCGCCGUGGCGUCGGGCGGGCCCGGACCCUGAGGUGGUCAACACCAACCAGCCUGACAGUGGUAACGAGAGCAAGAGGCGGCCUCCGUUAUAGGUCAAGUGGAGAGAGAGAGGCAUCACUCGGGGCUUUGGCUGCGGAAAUAUCCCAGAGGAGGCUGCAGCCGGACUGAGAUGCCGGAGUGGCCCGUUUAACAGCGCAGCCCCCCCCCCCCCCCCCCUCCCGCGGCCCAAGAUGUGGCUCAAGCUGUUCUUCUUGCUCCUCUACUUCCUGCUCCUCUUCGUGCUGGCCCGCUUCUUCGAGGCCAUCGUCUGGUACGAGACCGGCGUCUUCGCCACCAAGUUGGUGGACCCGGUGGCACUGAGCUUCAAGAAGCUGCGGACGAUCCUGGAGUGCAGAGGCAUCUGUUACGCCGGCCUGCCCGAGAAGAAAGAUGUCAGGGAGUUGGUGCAGAAAUCAGGUGAUUUGAUGGAAGGCGAGCUUUAUUCGGCACUUCAUGAAGAGGAGGCAUCGGAAUCUACCACCAGCACUAACUUCAGCGGCGAGAUGCAUUUCUAUGAGCAGGUGGAAGACACUAAAGAUGGGAUAUGGCUGGUUCAAGUUGUGGCUAAAGAUAAGGAUCCUUUAUUGGGCAAGGAUCAGUGGCACAAGAUGGUGAAGAAAGUGUCCCAAUUUGGUAUACGUACAGGAGCUUUCAAUUGUUCCAAUGACCCCAAAUACUGUAGCAAAAGAGAUUGGUUGAAAUCCACGCUCAUAAUGUCCAUUCCACAGACUAAUACUUCAAAAGGGAAAGUAAUGCUUAAAGAGUAUCAUGGGCGAAGGAUUGAAGUUGAGCAUAUUUUUAAAUGGAUAAACACCCACGUGGCAUCUCGGAUUAAAACAAUCAGAAGUCCCAGUCAGCUGAUGGAAGAAUGGAAUAAAAGUGAUCGAUAUCUUGUAAAGAUGUAUUUGUUUGCAAGCCUAGACCAGCCACCUGCAUUCUAUUCUGUUCUCAGUGUAAAAUUUACAGGACGUGUGGAAUUCAUUUUUGUUGAUGUCCAGAACUGUAACAGUGACAGCCACAUGAAGGAGAUUGGUGUUAAUCAAUUUCCAGCAUAUAUCGUGAAAACUCCUGAAGGUAUCUAUAAAUAUGGGAAUACUACAGGGGAGUUCAUAUCACAUCAUGCAAUGGAUGUGUUUCUUCGAUCACUACAGCCUGAAGUAAAUGAUCUCUUUGUCUUGAGUCUAGUUUUGGUUAAUUUAAUGGCAUGGAUGGACUUAUUUAUAACACAAGGUGCCACAAUAAAACGAUUUGUGGUUCUUAUAAGCACACUAGGAACUUAUAACUCCUUAUUAAUAAUGUCCUGGCUACCCAUAAUUGGAUUUUUGCAGCUACCAUAUUUGGAAAGCUUUUAUGAAUAUAGCUUAAAAUUUUUGAGGUACGCCAACACAACCACUUUGGCUUCUUGGGUUCGAGCUGAUUGGACUUUCUACUCGUCUCAUCCUGCUCUGUUUCUCAGCACGUACCUGGGUCAUGGUUUGCUAAUAGAUUACUUUGAGAAAAAACGAAGACGUAAUAAUAAUGAUGAUGAAGUAAAUGUGAAUAAUCUUGAAUGGCUGUCAAGCCUGUGGGACUGGUAUACAAGCUACUUGUUCCAUCCAAUUGCUUCAUUUCAGCACUAUCCUCACAAUUUAGAUUGGGAGGAAGAUCCUAAUUUGUUGCUGGAGAGACUUGCAUUCCCAGAUCUGUGGCUGCAUCCAUUGAUACCAACAGAUUACAUAAAGAACCUACCGACAUGGCGAUUUAAAAGUACCGCAGGGCAUUCUGAAGAUGAAGUAAGUGAAAGCUGGCAUGAGACUGACAGUGAUUCUGAUAGUGAAAGCCAUGAUGUGUGCACUAAAUCAGGGAUAAGUGAUAAUGAAGAGGCAAGUGGGCUCCAGACUCUUGCUAAAGGAAAGGUGCAAUCUAAUGAAGAAACCAAUGCCAGUGAGGUAAAUUCUGGCAACGUUUGUCAAAGCACACCAAAAUUACACAGAAACACUAACAUCACUGAAGAUGAUGAGCCAGAUUGGUCUACUUGGCCCAGUAACAUGCUGCAUUGCUCGGAAUGUGUGGUGUGCCUGGAGAAUUUCAGAAAUGGCUGCUUAAUAAUGGGACUACCCUGUGGUCAUGUGUUCCAUCAGCAAUGUAUUGUGGUCUGGUUGGCAGGAGGACGACACUGUUGCCCUGUGUGCAGAUGGGCUUCGUAUAAAAAGAAGCACUGUUUUGUCAGAUAAGAACAAUCCUUCAGCAAUGUUUUCAGACAAUACUUCAGGCUCUUAAAUAUCUAAUACUUAAUAUGCAUUGUGAUGUUUGUUGUUCAUGUUCGUGCUUUUAUGUGGUUUAAAUUUAGUUUUUAUGUAGAAUUUCUUUUGAGCUGAUCCACAGUGUAACAACACUACAUUUACUGAUGAGUCUGCUACCAGUCUUGUUAAUUUCUGGAUGCUUUACAACAAUAGCACAAUAAAUCUUGUUAAUUCUGUUUUGGUAUGUUCAACCAUUAAAAUAUCACCAACCAGAGAAUGAAAAACACCUUCCGAUUUGACAUUUUGUUAGAAAAAUAUUAAAUUAAUAAUAUUAAACAGUCUUAUUCAAAUGAACUUCCUUUUCUGGUUGCAGAAUAUCGGGCGGUAUUUCUUUACCUAGAUCUGGGAACGGCUCAUGACUAUUUUGAAGUGCGAAUCUUAUUGGUCAAUAAAAAAAAAUAAUGUAUAAUCAUUCAUAUUGAAGCAUUUUUUGCCAACAUUCAAGACAGUUGAAAAUAGAAUUAAAACAUGGUUUAGUAAAGCAUUUCACACACACAACCAUAACUAAGAUGCUUAUAGUGCACUUUAAUCCCAACUUUAUUGGAUAUUUCAUAAACUGAAUAUAUCAUAAAUAGAUGAAGCUUGCUGAAUUAUCUGUAUUCUUUGCUAGGGAAUAAUUUUUUAAAUAAAAAUUCAGAUUUUUUUUUGUGAAGGUCAAUGUCUAUAAUACAGAUGGUACUGAAGUUAAAACAACUGAUUUCUUGUAGCAAUUGUGUUAGCCAUUGAUAAAGCCAAAAUUGUCAACGUUUAUAUAUCAUAAGUGGAAAUGAAGAAGUAAAAUAUAUAUAUUAUUAUAUAUAAAACAGGACUCUUUUUAAAAAAAAUAGUCUGCCUGAGAUGCUCUUUCAGAUUUGGCGAAAGUAGUAAGUUUCAUAAACAAAUCCUGUAGAUCUUGCAAUCUGGAGGUACUUUUACUGCAUAUUGUCUUGUUAAACCAUAGGAACAUCCCUGGUGCUGGAUUUGGUGAUGUCAUGUGCAGUGAUGUAUACUUCUAUCUUUUGGAUGGUGAAAUUAUGCUCAAAGGGUGAAUUAUAAGCCAAUGAAUUGAUUUUUUUUGUAUAGAAUGCAAAUAGCAAAUAAUUUUCACAGUAAGCUGUAUUUAUUUUCUAUCAUUCCUUGUAACAACUGAACAAUAAACAUUUUCCUUUGAUAAAGGA